UAUACUGAAUUUAUUUAUUCUUAUCAUUAACAUUGAUUUAUUCUGUAUCAAUAUGUUACCCUACAUAUCCUGUGAUCGUUUUGGAGAUCAAGAAGACGUUUAGGAAUCACGAUCAGGAUUCUAUUCUACUGUACUAAAAUCUGCAUCAGACAGUAGAAGGUCAUUUGAUGGCAUGAGAGAAUUUGGAAUGUGUUUAGUGCAAAUACUGAGUAGAUGCGUGUGGCUAUGUGUACAUGAUAUGUAGCAGAUAUGUGUAUCCAUACUAUUGUAUGUUUCUAACCUGUAUUGCAUUGAUUCCAUAAAGCUUGACUGAAAAUGAAUUGUUGCUCUUUAAAGGAAAAUAUGGUUGGCUCUUAAAAGAGCCGUUUAAGGAACAAAAGCAUGAAAGAAACAAACGUCUUUACUUCUUUUUGGGUGCUGCCUUCUUCGCCUUUGACGCUUUAGGCUUUGUGGUCUUGGGCUUGACAGCUUUCGCUUUCUUGGGGCUCUUGGCUGCCUUUUUAGGGGUCGCAGGCUUUUUCGCCUUCUUCGGGCUCUUGGUGGCUUUCUUUGCGGCGGCGGCGGGCUUCUUAGGAGACUUCUUGGCCGCGGCGGCAGGCUUCCUCAAUGUUUUAAAUGUUCAGCUCCAGGGAAAAGUCCAGAUUAUAUCCCAGCUUUUUGAUCGUCAGAGCCUUGAAACAAAAACUACUGCUGCUCAGAAGACAUCUCUCAGCAGGAAAUUUAGCCCAUUUUCCCUGUUUUAGAGAGGCAGGCAUGAUGAAAGAGAAGGUACCUGAGUAUGAUGCUGUUCUCAGCAACCUUUUCCAGGAGUUUGACCGUCGCUUUGAGGACUUCAGACACAAUGCUUCUGACUUUGAGUGGUUUGCUCAACCCUUCACCAUCAGUGUGGACACAGUCAGUGAUGAUCUUCAGAUGGAACCAAUUGAGCUUCAGUGUGAUUCAGAACUCAAACACAAGUUCAGGUCCCUUCCCUUGACAGACUUCUACAAAUGUGUCCCAGCACACAGGUACCCAAAGAUGUGCAAACAGGCACAAGUGAUGCUGUCUCUGUUUGGCAGUACCUACCUCUGUGAAGACUUUCAGUCAGAUGAACUUAAACAAGUGUAAACUGAGAAGCAAACUAACUGACUCUCACCUACAUAAUAUCCUGACUUUGACAGUAAGUCAGCUGCAUCCCAGUUUGCAAAAACUUUUGAAAAAUAAGGACCAGCUUCAUGUGUCUCAUUAGAGGUCACUGAUAUUGCAGGCAUGUGGCUGUAUUACUUACAGCUUGAAUAGUUGUAUUAGGCAUUGAACAUGUUGUAUUAUAAAUGG